AUGAAUGUCGGCGAUCAUAAACCCCUACCACCUCUGCGGUCGAACAAGGUGAUGCAGACACCACCGACGGGGGAUAACACCAAUGGCUCAGUCAGAUCGCCAGAUGAACACUCAACGCAACAUCAGUUGCCGACUGUCGAGGAGCAAAUUUCCUCAACCUCAUCAGAUCCUUCUAAGGUCAGUUCUUCGGGUCUCAAAUCUUCCAUCAGACAUGAUGGACCCAAGUCGGGAGAUGGGGGAGAGAACGGUCCAGGGCACGUAGUGUUCGAUAUUGAAAACAUGGAUGAAGGAAGUAGUGAGGAAAGAUCUAGGGAGAACAGUAAAGAAUCCAUCAAGGCGAGUCUGUCACUUCUUGGGAUACCCCAGCCGCGCAAGGAAAGUGACGGUCUGUCCGGCAUGAAGAACACGUUCAUACGCCGUCGGCUGUGGCAGAUGCUGCAGCCGACUGACAACCGGCUCUCCAUGAAGCUUUUUGGGAGCAAAAAGGGAUUACAGAUCGAAAAGAAGAGAUUGAAGGCAGCUGGAUUUCUCAUCGUUCAUCCGUGCAGUGCAUUCAAGUUUUACUGGGAUCUAAUAAUGGUCUUGCUGCUAAUAGCCAACUUGGUGACCCUCCCUGUCAUCAUUGCCUUCUUCUACCAAGAGAAGCUGAGCCAGAGCUGGUCAACUUUCAACUGUGCCUCGGAUUCUCUCUUCAUCCUUGAUGUCAUCAUCAAUCUCAGAACUGGCUACAUGGACCUCAACACUGCUGAACAGGUGAUACUGGAACCCAAGAAAAUUGCAAUUCACUACCUGAAGAGUUGGUUCACCGUGGAUUUUGUCUCCUCCAUCCCCAUGGACUGCAUCUUUCUAGCCAUCGACGGCGGAAAUGAUAACAAACUUUACGAAGUCUCCAAAGCUUUCCGUAUCUUCCGACUGGCCAAGCUUCUUAGUCUUGUUCGGUUGCUGCGUCUUUCGAGGCUGAUGCGAUUCGUUCGACAAUGGGAACAGGUGUUCAACGUAGCAGGUGCCGUGAUUCGCAUUGUUAACCUCAUCGGUAUCAUGAUACUCGUCAGUCAUUGGAACGGAUGCCUCCAGUUUCUUGUGCCGAUGCUGCAGGAAUUUCCUCAAGAUAGCUGGGUCAGCAUCAACGACCUAGAGCACGCCGGUUGGUGGGAACAGUACACGUGGGCCUUGUUCAAAGCAAUGUCGCACAUGCUGUGCAUCGGCUAUGGACGUUUCCCGCCACAAAGUAUGACCGAUCUCUGGCUCACAAUGUUUAGUAUGAUCAUUGGAGCAUCCUGCUUCGCGCUCUUCAUCGGUCAUGCUACCAACCUCAUCCAGUCAAUGGACUCGUCCAGUAGGCAGUACCGAGAAAAGUUGAAACAAGUGGAAGAGUACAUGGCCUACCGCAAGUUGCCCAGCGACAUGAGGGAACGCAUCACUGAUUACUAUGACUACCGUUACCAUGGCAAGAUGUUCAACGAGGAGGUUAUAUUCAGUGAGAUCUCGGUCAAACUUAAAGAGGAUGUUGCCAACUACAACUGUCGUGACCUGGUCGCCUGCGUUCCCUUCUUCCAAAAUGCUGAUCCCAACUUCGUCACUCGUGUGGUGGUCCUCCUCAUGUUCGAAGUCUUUCAGCCAGGCGACUACAUCAUCAGGGAAGGCACAUUCGGGGAUCGGAUGUUCUUCAUUCAACAAGGCGUGGUGGAUGUGAUAACGUCAGACGGGGAAAUCGCCACCACAUUGAGCGAUGGAUCGUACUUUGGAGAAAUCUGUCUUUUGACCGAGGAACGCAGGGUUGCUAGUGUACGGACCGACGGUUAUUGCGCUCUCUUCUCACUGGGCGUGGAGAAUUUCCACAAGGUUCUCAGAGAAUUUCCCUCCAUGAGAAAAACGAUGCAAGAAGUGGCACUAAGACGCCUCAACAAGAUCGGGAAGACAUCCAAGGUUUUAGUAGCUGCUCUCAGACAUCACAACAUUGCGUCACAAAGCUCCGCCAUGUCAUCAAACUUACUCUUCCCGCUUCCCGAGUCGUCUUCAUCUGCCUUCGGAGAAAGCAAAGGGCAAAGUGAAGAUGAUUUGGAAGAGGAAUCUAGUGAGCGGAUACUUCAAGUCAACGAGGGGCCGUCCCAUACUCCGAGUCACCCGCCGACAACCUGCCCUUAUAGUGCCGUGGAUAAAUUCCCACUGCCUGUAUGAUCAAUGAUGCUACACAUCAAAACUGCUGAACUACAUUUUUUUGACAAUUUACAGUCAGUUAGUAUACGAUACGAUUACAAGGUAUCGAUUCUUUUACAAUUUUAGGUCCGAAACGCCUAGGUCCGUAUGUCAUAUGAAACCAGUUUCGUUUUAUAGCUCAGACAUUUCUUUAAAAUUUGUUUGAAAAGUACGGUUUUUGGUUAAGGUAUAGGGCCAUUAAAAAAAAACUUCGCAAAGAUAAUUUGUCCAGCUCCAGAGGAUUAUUUGAGCUGCUUUAAAAAAAUGCAAUUUAGUAAAUGAACUUAAUAUUUCGAAAAAGAAUUUAAAAAAGGGAAAAGAUAGUUCAAACAAAAGCUAAGAUACUCGAGAUGGGUGCAGCAGGAAUACAAUAUCAGGGAAACUGUCAUUCUAAGAAGAUGAUAGGACUGCCGCUCUUAGAUGUCGUAUCAUGUCUAAUUGAAGAACUUCAUUUUUAUGAUUUGGAUAAUGUAGACAAACAGCACCUUUAUGAAACUGCAAAUACAAUCACUUUUUUAUCAAAUAUUUAGACUUGAUAUUUUAAUUUAAAAAAAAAUCAAAAGCAAAUCAAACGAACUUCAUUCUGAAACAAAUAGCCGUCGUGUAAGUAAACUUUUGUACAUCCUAUACUGCAACACAAUCUAGAUGUGUGACUGAAAACGGAAGAC